AUGCUCACCAACUCCAACUCCAGCUUCUCCAUGCCAUCCACCUUCUUGCUCAUCGGCAUUCCUGGAUUAGAAGGUGGUACUCUAUGGAUCUCCAUCUCUUUUGGUAUUAUUUAUAUCCUGGGUAUUUUAUGCAACUGUACCAUUCUCUACGUCAUCAUCACAGAGAAAAGUCUUCAUGGCCCCAUGUACUUUUUCCUGUCCAUGCUGGCUAUGAAUGAAGUGGCAUUGUCCAGUACCACCAUGCCAAAGUUGUUGGGAGUCCUCUGGUUUGGUGCUCACCAGAUACUUGCAGUAUGCUGUCUCACUCAGAUGUUCUUUGUCCAUUUGCUUUCUGGGUUUGAAUCGGGCAUCCUGACAGCUAUGGCUUAUGACAGAUUCAUUGCCAUUUGUUACCCAUUGAGAUACGUGUCUAUUCUCACCAACGUUAUACUAGGAAAGAUUGCCACGGUCAUUGUGGUUAGAGCCAUUGUGAUCAUCUUACCUCUUCCAAUUAUGACCGGUCAACUGCAGUAUUGCACAAAAAAUGUUGUCUACCAUUCCUACUGUGAUCACAUGGCCGUGGUAAAGGUGGCGUGCGGCGAUAUCCAAUUUAAUAAUGUUUAUGGACUUGUGGUGUCUCUUUCAAUUAUUGGCUUUGACCUCAUGUUUGUCAUACUGUCCUAUGUUAUGAUCUUACGGGCUGUCAACAAACUCCCCACUAGGGAAGCUCGUCAUAAGGCUCUAGGAACGUGUGGCUCGCAUAUUUCUGUUAUUUUUAUUGCAGCUGUCCCUAUAGUAUUCAACUUUGUUGCUUACAGGGUGGUAGAAAACACAGUUUCUCUCAGUCUACAAGUUUUCUGUGCAAAUAUUUACAUUCUUAUCCCAAGUCUCCUAAACCCCAUUAUUUAUGGUUUGAAGACAAAGCAGAUCAGAGAACAACUGCUAAGAACUCCUCGCCCUAAGACUGUUACUUUCAAAACUCUCCAAUAA